AUGGAUCACAGCUUUCCGUCGCAUUUGGUGUGUGCGGCUGUGUCGGCGCUUGACGGUGGAAUUGGUGCUGGUCUGUCAGCACUCGGUGCCAACACGUCGUUACCAGAACUUGGUGGCAACACCCGAUCCGAGGACUAUGAUUCUAAUGUAUUCGGCUAUUCCGUCCCACUACCGGCUACGGAUGGUAAUUUUUCGACCAAGCUGCCAAAAAUUGAAGUCGAUAAAACGGAAGACAUGGAGGAUGAAAGGGAUGACAACAGUAAUGCCAUCUCACCAACCACUUCGACGAAAGCCCACAAACCUCGUCGUCAAAGGACACAUUUCACUAGCCAUCAGCUGACCGAGCUUGAGAAUUGGUUCGCACGGAAUCGCUAUCCUGACAUGGCCACACGAGAAGAAAUCGCCAUUUGGAUAAGCCUCACGGAGCCAAGAGUUCGAGUACGUGAGAUGUCUUCGUUUUUGCUGAAGCUUUGA